AUGAGAACCGAAAACCCUUUUGCCAGCCCCGAAGACGACUACAGCCGGUUUGGCAGUGCAACAGCAAGUUUACCUCAAUUUGACAAUUACACAAAUCACGGUCGCUCUGCACCUCGGACAACACCGCAGCCCCCACGCUAUUCGGAAGUUUUUGGCCCAAACGCGGUGAUGGAGAGACCAUGGUAUAAUCCCCUGGGAUGGUCUGGGAGAAAGAAGUUGAUUGUUGCAGGGUGUGUUGUGGUGGUGAUUGUGGCCGUUAUCGUUGGAGCAGUUGAAGGAGUUAAAGCGAAUGCUUAUCCCAAUUAUUCCCAACUCAAUUACACCCUGGUCGACACGUUUUCGGGGUCGUCUUUCUUCGAUAACUUCGAGUAUUACACCUCCACAGAUCCAACAAAUGGUUGGGUACAAUAUGUCGACUCGCAAACAGCGUCCAUGAUGAAUUUGACAUACGCGUCAGAUUCAACCGCUGUGAUCAAGGUAGACACCGAUACUCAGAACCAAACGAGUGGUCGCAAAUCUGUCCGUAUUACUUCAACGAACACUUACGAUAACGGUCUGUUCAUUUUCGACGUUGUUCACACGCCAUAUGGAUGCGCAACAUGGCCAGCUCUUUGGCUCACCGAUCCUUCUAAUUGGCCUGAACAUGGCGAGAUCGACGUCAUGGAAUCCAACAAUAAAGGAACGCAAGGAAAUGAUAUGACAUUACACACAACCAGUGGUUGCACAAUGAAUGCCAAGCGCAAGGAGACCGGCACAGCUCUAUAUUCGAACUGCCUCAAUACGGCAAACGACAACGCCGGCUGUGGUGUCAAGGGCAAAACUGCCACGUAUGGUGAGGCGUUCAACAAUAAUGGUGGUGGUGUUUACGCUAUGGAGCUUCGUGAUGCCGGGAUCCGAGUUUGGAUGUUUUCAAGAGACGAUAUUCCCUCGGACAUCUCAAACUCAACCAGCAGCCCGGAUCCCUCAACGUGGGGAGAGGCGCUGGCUGACUUUCCCAGCACUCACUGCGACAUCAGCUCGCAUUUCAAGAAUCAAAGUAUCAUCGCAAAUAUCGAUAUAUGCGGUGACCUUGCUGGUGCAACUUCAUACUACACGACUAUCAACAACUGUCCAGACACAUGCACUCAAUUCGCAGCUGAGAACGGGGCGAACUUUACCAACGCAUACUGGGAGUUCAACAGUUUCAAAGUAUAUCAGACUUCAUAG